AUAUCUACGGGCUUACCUCGAAGGUAAAUGAAGGUUUUGAAGAUUUUCCGGCAAAACUUCCGGCGACGAUUACUCUCAACUUUGGCGACUUCUUACCAAACUGACAGCACCACAACGUUCUCUACCCUCAAGGCUAUCUCUCAGAACUUAUUUGAAGAAGAAUGGUGAAGAAAUGAGGAAGUUUAGGGAGUUUAUAUAGUAGAGAUGAGAGGAAGAAGACAUGGAAGCUGAGUUGUUGCUGUGUAGACUUCCAAUUCGCGAUCUUCAUUCGGCGGAGGUGGAGUGCGAGAAGUACCUUCAAAUGCUGGAUGAGCAAGACCACAGAAUAUGUGCAUACCUCUCCCAAAUUGGUCAAACAAGAUGGGCAUGCUGUAAAAGUGGUCCAUACCGCCACUUUGUAAUGACUUCAAACGCUGCAGAAUCAAUGAACAAUGUCAACAGCUCAGCACGUGAAUACCCCAUUUGCAAGCUAGUUUAUUUCAUUCGCGAAAUGAUGCAGAAAUGGUUUCAUGAACGAUUUGAAACAGCCUCAUCUACAUCAACCAUACUUCCAAAGAAGCUUGAGUCGGAGUUAAUUACACUACAACGUGACGCAUUUGAGAUGAAGGUUAAGCCAGCAUGGCCAUACGAGUUCAAGAUUGUUGACGGGUGGACCCAGUCAUUUGUGGUCAAGCUCAGAGACAAGUCAUGUACAUGCGGGGACUUCCAAUUGGACCAUUUUGUAUGUGUCCACGCUUUGGCAGCAAUAGGAUCUCGUCCAAGAUUGUCAUGCUAUAAUUUCAUCUCUCCUUACUACAAACGCGAAGCAUUGGUAGCCACCUAUAGCGGUAUUGUGCACCCAUUAGGAGACAAGUCCACGUGGGACAUCCCUACCGAUGUCAAAACAAUGGAUUUGAUUAAAAUUGGAUCUGCUGAAAAUCAGCCUCACAGCGCAGUCCAUGACUUGGACAUCGCUGUUCUAGGCUUAGAUUUUGAAAAUUGGGAAGCAAAGGUCAAGCCAACAGCGAUGUCCAAAAGGCCUACAUCGCUGUUUUGGCUGUUGACUUCCAAACAUGGAAAGUUUUAGCCAUAAAUUCCUUCCAACGGU